AUGUUCUUACGUCCUGUUAGAGGCGUCAAAUGGCAAUUGGCGACCUCGAGAGUGCGGUACUCUGUAAACCCAGCUAGAAUUCUGAGUACAGGUCAUUCUUUGAAUAAGCAAUCGAACGAUCAAAAUGCUGGAGAGGAGAAGAGUAAAGAGAAUGAGAAAGGUACCCUUUGGGAGGCAUUACAACCAAAAAUUUCGGUCUUGAAGGAUAGGGCAGAACAGGUACGAGGUAACGUGCGGUCCUCGAGGAAACAGAUAUCGGAUAACCUGGGAAUAAUGAAGAAAUCGAUACAAAAGGCAAACUUCAAGAUUGCAGAACAAGAUCGGGAAAGGCAGGAUUCUAAACUAAAUUACGAUAUUGAUGCCAAGACAAAUUCCAAGAUUGAAGGAUUGCCCAGUGACAGGGAAUCGCAUCGGAACCGUCUUUCCCGAAAGCUGACCCUCUAUAUGGACUCUUUACAGGAGACGAUCUUCACCGCAACGAAAGUGUUAAACGAUGUGACAGGUUACUCCUCCAUUCAACAAUUGAGAGAGAGUAUUGUUACAAUGGAGCGUCAGCUAGAAGAGGUGAAACUGGAGGUCAAGAAGUGUAAAACCGAGUACAAUGACGCAAUUCAAACGCGGAUCCAAUCGCAAAGGGAGGUUAAUAAUCUACUCCAGAGGAAGAGCAGCUGGUCCACGGAGGAUCUCGAAAGAUUUACACAACUGUAUAAAGAUGAUACAAUUAACUCACGGCGUGUGGAAGACCUGAAAGUGAAGUUGGCACACGUGGAGAGUCGGGAGGAUCAAUUGCACGAUGACUUAUACAGGGCCAUCUUAACCAGGUAUCACGAAGAACAGAUAUGGUCCGAUAAGAUAAGGAGAACAUCCACGUGGGGGACAUUCACGCUGAUGGGGAUUAACAUUUGCUUGUUUUUAAUACUGCAACUGCUAUUGGAACCUUGGAAAAGGAGGAGGCUGACAAGAUCUUUCGAGGACAAAUUCAAAGCAGCUUUGGAAGCGCACUCUGUUGAGCAAUCUGCUAAGUUUGAGAACUUGGCUACCAAAAUUGACAACACUGGAGGAGAACCCGUGAAUAUUGAAGAAAUUGGUGACCAAAAGACUGAACUCAGUUCAGAGGAAACCAUUCAAGCGAAUGAACAAGAAUACGCCACAGACAUGCUAGCUGCUCCCUCUAAGAACACGAAACUGGCACCACUGCACGAUUUUGCGACUGUUCUGCUGACUCUCUUCCACAAAAUCAAACAAUUUUACAGCUUUUCCCCAAAACAUUCCGUAGAGUUAUCCACGACAGAAUUUUAUCUGUUUUCAACAACACUGAUGAUACUGACAUCUUUGGUGACCCUGGCUGCCCUGUGA